AUUUUCGUUGCACUUGAACAAAUCCUGCUGGAAGCACGCAUAGAGUCGUGCAAAACUAAGCUGUCGCAGACGUUAAAGAGGACUGCUUUGGAGAGAGGUUUAGCGAUUUCUGACAAUCAAGGAGAGGGAAACUGCAUGUUUUUUGCACUCUCAGAGCAGCUUGACCUCGUCAAGGGAAUUCAAAUGUCCCAUGAUGAGUUACGCCAAACUAUUGUUCAACACCUUCGGGAAAACCCCAGGCUGGUGAGUACCUCAUUAUUUUUGCUUGAGUAGAUUCAUUUCCGAGCCGUAAGCCGUCGCAUUUGCCCGCUGAAUUUUUUUCAUUGCUCUUAAGGUUAUAAGUAAUAAGACCCUGUCCACACAUAGCGUAUUUGAAUUUUUUUUCGUCCGUCUACAUAAAAACGCUGAAAUGAUUGAAAUACGAUAGCAUCCCUGACAGAACAAACGCAGUGCUACUAGCAUACAAUAAAUGACAUCGUCGUAUUAGAAAACCUCUGUUUUUGUCCGUCCACACGUAAACGAGAAGUCGACGUUUUCAAAAGUCUACUCUGGGGACCGCUUUCUGGUGACCUGUGUUUUUGGUGCCCGAAAAGGCCGUUUUCGUGUGGACGGAAGGCUAAAAAUACCCUGAUACGUGUGGACGGGGCCUUAAAGUCCUGCAAGCAAAUGUGGCGGCUUUACGGGUAUGCUGCAAAUGAAUCCACCCGUUAUGAGCAAAACAGCAGCUCUGCAAGAGCAUCACGCAUGUUUGUACUUUUCUUCGUCGUCCACUGCACGAGGUGAAACUUCCUAAUGCGACGUUUUGUGAAGGACCUCGAACGCACGGCGACCAAGUAUUGUUAUUGGAUCGGGAUGCUGUCCUUAAAAUACAAAUCCAAGAAAUUUCUUCUCCUUGUUUUAAUUUACAAAACGCGACAUAAGGACCAUGAAGAUUUAAAUUAACGCAAACUCGUUUCCUUUAAUCACAUUUUUAUCUCGGAGGUGUAAAUGGAAACCGAUUUUAGGAAAUCUGUUUCUGUCGCCUCGAUCGUCUGACUUAUGUCCUAAUUUUUAUAAGUAAGGUAAUGUUCUCUGAAAGCCGCUUUGUUCUAACAGCAUAUGUCUAUAUAGUGAAGUGAAGUGAAAACUUUAUUUAAAGAGGGUAAAACUUGACAGUUAUAACAUCAACUAAUAAACUUGAGGUCCUAAAUACUGGUUAUAUAUGUAAGGUUAUUUCUGACCCAACUUACUUGGCCAAGUCGAAAUUUCCAAACUUUUAUUAUUUCUUGUUAAAAACCUCUUCCCCUCUCACUCACACGUGUAACAAACACCUCCCUAAAACCUCCUAAAGUACUUUCCUAAAAGUGUUGCUCCCUGCCGUUCUUAAUUGUUUUUGUUGGACUUUUUACAAGGAAAAUAGUAUAGGAUACACAGUUUAGGUCUCGUUUUUGAAGUGAAAUCUCAUUAGCAUGAAGUGAAACAAAUAAGUGUAGAUGACAUCUUUAUCUAAUGAAUUAAAUGCGGUAGAAUCUCAUCAAGAUAACGUCUAAGUUAUACGAUCUAUUUUUAUGCAGUGUCUAGUAUAACCAGUUAUUCUUACAUUGAUGAUGUAACUUGCAGGAAUCAUGUUCUUAUUUGGUGUAUUUGGUGAGAAUGCUGUCAUAGUUAAUUUCAUUGUCCAUUCCAGACACCCUUUUGGCCUGGUUCCGGUUCACUACUAAAGUGGACAUAUCUGCUGUAGUGCCGAUACCAGCUAGCGGGGUCCGCCUUAGAGAUAGCUGACGACAGCGCAGCUGCCUACAUAUAUACCUUCUACAAAAGCACUCUACCUUUUUCUCCAUUAACUACAGUACUUACUUUCUUUCUUACAGCCGAAUGGGACAGAACUGUUUCAUUUUGUUGAUGGAUAUUCAUCUUGGGAUGCCUACCUCACUAGCAUGAUGGUAGAUGGUACAUGGGGUGAUCACGUGAUUCUACACGGCGCGGCAAACUGUUUUCAAUCGUGCAUCCACGUGAUCAGCAGUCUGCCACAUUGCCAUGGCGUAAUGAUCUGUCCAGAGUAUGAUGUUACUGGUAGCAACCGGCUUGUGCUGGGUCACGUGCAUGAGCUUCACUAUGUUAGCCUUAUUCCC